UUGUCGAUUGUCGUUUCACGUCUUAUGGUUGUUAUAGACAACCAGAAUCAGCAUGUUCGCGUCAUACCUUUGCUUGUCCAGAUGGUAACGGAAUAAUAGUACUUAACUAUCUUGAUGGCAUUGCAUAUGGCAGAAAAAAUCCCGGAUAUGAAUGCCCCCAAGAUGAGAUGGACAUAUGUAAUGCGACAUGUUGUAGAUAUCAAGGUACUAAUGAAGAUCAACCUGGUUUUACAUCUGUUAACCAAACCGAUCGUUUAUCAGUUUAUAGAAACUGUUCAAAUCAACCAACUUGUACCGUUACAUCUCCUUACAGUCCUGAUACUGAUUAUGAUUAUAUAAGUUAUCCAUAUUUCUGUGUUUCAGAUAAUAUUGUGUACAAUAUGAUGGAGAUCACCGAUGUGAGAUUUUCAUCAAUCAGUUAUUUGUAUUACUCUGGUAAAACACAAACUACAGGUACAACAAUUACUAGAUGUUGUAAUAUAACAAGUCCUGAAACAAUAUUCAUCUCAAGUGUCUACAUUUAUCUAACAGAAGAAUCAAGUUACAACGUGAAGAUUUAUUCAGAGAACCAGACUUUAAUCCGUAGUGUGGAUGGAGUUAGUCAUUUCUAUGGUUAUAGAGGCGUGUCAAUUUCUGGAGACAAGAUUUAUCAUUUGGUACUUGACAACUUAACUGCUGAUGAAGAUGAUUAUAUCUGGAUACAAUUGAUAGGAACUCGACCUACUCCUUCGGGUUCUUACACGCGUAAUGUAAAUAUAACCUGCGAUGAUUGUAUUGGUUUUACUGCUUCUGGUACUGAUACCAAUAGCAAGAACACAUCAACUGAAGAGACUUCAAAUCUGGUCAUUUCUACGGAUACAUCUCAAAUUUCUACGGAUACAAACAGCAGGAACUCGUUAAAUGAGGUGACUUCAAUAUCUAAAGGUACCGAUACAAUUAGCAAGACCUCAUCAAAUGAAGCGACUCCAAACAUGGUCACAUCUCAAAUGUCCACUGAUAUAAACAGCAAGAACCCGCCGUCAAAUGAGGUGACUUCAAACAUGGUCACAUCUCAAAUGUCUACUGAUACCAACAGCAAGACCUCAUCUACAGGUACUGAUACAAACAACAAGAACUCGUCAAAUGAAGAGACUUCUACAGAUAAAUAUAAAGAUAAUAACAAUGGUGGUGUUAACACAGGACUAACAGUUGGUAUAAUAGUGGUAUCUUUACUUCUCAUGGUAACAUUGUUUAUUGGUGGUGUGUAUUGUAUCAGAAGGAAGAUGAAACAGACAAAACAUUCGCGAGAGGAACAAAAUAUGGCACGUGCUGUAAAUACAGUUGAUACAAGUUUGUAUGCAGGUUUGACGAAUAUCGGCGGACUGGAACAUGAUUAUUCAGACCUGGUGAACCAUAACGGACACGAUGUCGUGAAUAACCAUGGACCGGCACACGUUUAUGCAGGUAUUGUAAACCGGAACCUUUCAGAUGCCGUGAACGGUAGACCGGGACACGAUUAUACAGGUCCGGUGUACGAAAACAGACCCGAUGCUGUAAUCAACGGUGAACACUCUACAGAUCCAAAUGAGACAGGACAUGGUUACACUGCUGUGGGUCACCCGACUCGGGUUCAAACAGAAGCUUCUACUAACGAUGAUUAUGAAAAUACCUUCGUAAAUACAAAUGAGCAAUAAUACCACCUGAGCGUGAACAGUUAAACGACUUGUUUAAAUCUAGAUUAUUCCAUCUGAAUAUUAGUAAUUUUUGGUAUAUAAAUCUGGGAGUUCGUUCUUUUAAAUCGUUUAAUUAUAUAUAUGGGAUAGAGUACGCAACCAUCGACGGGAUUGUAAUAUUGAAAAUGGACCCUUAUUUGUAAAUAGACAUAUCUUUAAAUGUGCACAACACCUACUAGUAAAAUUCCAAAUUUUCCCUUUUUAUAAAAUGAAAUUCGAUGACACCACGAAAAGGAAAUUAAUGGAAAACCAUUUUAUUAAAAAAUACGUUCCUCGACUUAAUAGUCAAUAAGUAACAAUUGGCCAUAUAUAUAGCUUUCUUAAUUUUCUUAAAUCUAUCCCAUGAUUAUCUUCCACUCAUUGUUCCUAAAUUGAACCCAUAUACUGCAGAUUAACACACGUGUGUACAUAUUUUCUAUUAGUUAACGACAUACUAUGUAACCAUAGACAAUGGUAACUAUAGCCAAUUAAAACCACGGUGUUACUAUGUAAAUAUGUAUAAAUAUACUAUACUGUCCAUCUUAUAUCUUCUGAUUUUGAUUUGACAGUUUUUACGUAUUAUUAAAACGGAAACGGGUUUCUUUUUCGACGUUCCAAAGUAAAUGUACGGUGGUAAGACCACCUAAAGACAAGUUUUUAAAUGGUCCUGGUAUUAAUUAGGUUUCGCAUUAGUUUUUAUAUUUUAAGCUAACAUUUUAUUGCUUUAAAUCUUUUUAGUUCCAAAAUGGAUGAGUUAGAUAUUUCCAAUUAGAUGUAUCAAUAUGUGCCCAUUUGAUACCCCCCCCCCCCGCCACACACACACAACGAAAUGAGCCCCCGGUCAUAAUAUGGGUGUUAGAUAUUUUUGAUUGGGUGUGUCAACAUGUGCGUAUUAUUUAUGAAGUGUGUCGUAGGUUUUUAUUUUUACAUAAAUAAAAACAAUCAUGAAUAAUACUCGCGACGGUUGAAGGCGGAUUUGUUUGUUGCUUAGAUUUGUGACGUCAAUUGUUUUAGCCGUGUUGGUUAUUUCAGGUUGGUCGGGAAGGAGUUUUGGUAGGCUGGGGAAGCGAUCGGGUUCGUUGGGGAUUUCAGGUGGGUCGGGCUCGUUUAGGCUGGUCGAGGAGGAGUUUGGAUCGAUUGAAUAUGCGGUUGGGGAAUUCGGGGAGAAGCUCGGGUCCAUUUGGCAGUUCAGGGAAGGGGCCCGGGUCAGUUGUGGAGUUCAGAAUGGGUUGGGGCGGAAGUUAGCCUAGAAGCAUUCCCCAAAACACCAAACAACAAGCUUUUCUUCAUAGGUAAAGGUUGUUGAAUUUUAAGCAUUAUAUUUCAUUAAUUGCAAUGUUUUGAAAAAUUAUAGGCCGGUCUCAAAUUUAAGUUUUAUAUCUAAAAUACUUGAAAAAUGUAUUGCCAGUCAGUUGAAGUGUCAUAUUGAAGAUAAUUCUCUUCACGAGCCUCUACAGAGCGCAUAUAAAAAAAAAUACACAGUUCUGAAACUGCUUUAAUUCGUGUUUCAAAUUAUUUUCUUUUAGCUCUUGAUAACCAAAAAUAUAUUCUUUUAUUAUUAUUAUUAUUAGACCUGUCUGCUGACUUUGACACAGUCGACCACAACAUCCUUUUAAAUCGUAUCCGUUUUAGAUUAUGGUAUUAAUAGAUCUGCUUUUAAUCUUUUAGAAAGUUAUUUAAUUGGUAUGCAGCAAUGUGUUGUUUUAAAUGGUAAAUAUUUUUCUCAUUGAAUAUAAAUUGUGUAUGUUAAAACACUUUCUAAAAUUAAAUGAUGAUAAAACUGAAUAUUUAUUAAUUGGCUCAAAUAAACAAUUGUUAAAAAUUGACUGUAAAUCUCCCUUCUUAAUUGGUAAUAGUGAAAUUAAUCCCUCGUCGUCUGCAAGUAACAUUGGUGUAAUAUUUAAUAUGAAUAUGAGUAUGGAAGCUCAAGUAAAUUAUAUAUGUAAAUUGUGUUAUUGUAAUAUUAGAAAUAUUGAUAGAAUACGUAAAUUUAUCCCUUUAGACUCCACAAAAACUCUUGUUAAUACUUUGGUCACUUCUAGACUGGAUAAUUUUAAUCCGUUAUUAGCUGCUCUUGCAGCCAAACUUUAAGAUAAACUUCAACAACUCCAAAAUACAGAUGUGUGCCUUUUUACACGCAAUAAAAAAUAUGAUCGUAUUAACCCAAUUUUAAAACCUUUACACUGGUUACCUAUUUCUUAUAGAAUUGAUUUUAAAAUUUUAUUGUUAACUUUUAAAUGUUUGAACAACUUAUAUACCAGGGCGAUGUUUACGUUCUUCAGAUGAUAAUUUUCUUUUAAAGGCCAAAUAUUCAAAACUGUUAACUUUUGGUCGAAGUUCGUUUAUUGUUAAAGCAACAUCUUUAUGGAAUAAGUUAUCGUAUGAUAUCAGGUUCUGUAAUAAUAUUAAUACUUUUAAGAAAAAACUGAAAACCAAUUAUUUCAUCAAGCUUUUUAAAUGUAUAUAUCUUGCAAUUUAUACAGAUUAUUGUGUUUUCUUAGUAUUGUCUUGGUAUUGUAUUGUUAAUUUUCAUGAUUUUAUCAUUUUUAUAUUUUUACCAUUGUAAAGCACCUCUGAAAACGUGUAUGUGAAAGAGGGACUAUAACAAAUGUUUGUAAUAAUAAUAGUAUAUAUGUUAUCAUAAAGUUGGUUGCUAGGACAGUGGCCUUAUAUGUGUUCCUGGCUUUUGAUGAGAGAUCAAACUAGGUUUAGUGGGAACUUGUUGAAUUUCUUGAAAUGUAUUAUUGUUUAUGAUAUAGCAUAGAUACUUUUCUUGUUCAAAAUAUUUUUUUUUUUUUUAAAUUUAACAUGACAAUAGCAAAUCUCUCAUCGUUAUCUUACAACCUGACCACAGUAUGUCGCAUUAUUUUACAUAAUAUAGUGUACGUGUUUCACUUAUGAUACACAAUUUAUUAAAUAAUAACCAUGAAAUGUUAGCUUAAUCUAUUAGGAUGUUUAAAUGGUCUUGCGACUAUCUCUUAUUCAAAGGGUUAAUAUUUGUAAAUUUCUCUAUAAUCCCCUUAACAUGUUUAAUUUAGUUCCAAGUAUACGGUCAGUAUUCUUACUGUGCAAGUCUUUAAUACACGUUUGAACCAUACUCAGCGUAUAUAAUUUAUUUGGAUGUAUUAUUAUUUUGUUAUUAAGGUUACUAUUUUUAUAUUAAGCAUAGUAUGAAAUGUUAAAUUGAGAAUUACAUCACGUGAUAUAUGCAAUUUCAUACAUAGUUAUGCACAUACGUUUAAUAUCAAACGUCGCAUACAAUAUGUUAUAUUAAUUCGAACAAUGCCAGACGUAAGGCAAAGAUUUAUAUGUUCUUUUGCUAAAGACAUUAAAUAUAUUUCGAAUCGUAAUAUUGUAAUUACAAUGUAUUCUGAACCGUAUUGUUAUAACCAGUCUUAUCAUUUAUUUUCGUGCAUAUUGUUUAAAUAUUAUGUAUUCAUUAUAUAUUAUAUAUUUUCUUACUGUGUCAGUCUUUAAUAAACGUCUGAACCUUCA